CCGAGAACCGCGCAGCGGUUUCCAAAGCAAAGCUUAACCGGGCAACCACAUGCCUAAAUUUCGAUUUCACCUGCAACCUCACAAAAAUGGCCGUCACUGAUUUGCUGCGCUGCAAUCGGAUUCUCCAUUUUCCAUCUGCACCCUCCCGCACCACCAGAUACCUUCCCUACUCCUCGUCAAUGACCGAACUCGACAUCGACGGUGCUGGCGUAGACUCCGACAGCGACGGCGGCGACUGCGAUAGGUCUUCACCUAGCACCAGCUUAACUCCAACCGAAAUCGACGCCGCGGAGAAGUUGCACAUCAUUAUCAAAGAGCACUACAGGAAGAACCCCGAUGUUCCGAGUUCCAUAAACCCUAAUUUCACUCUCUCAGCUCUCUCCUCUGGCUUCUCCGAAAUGUGCGCCGACAAGACAAUAUCCGCGGCUGUCAUCCGGCGCGUAAUUGAGAAAUGUGGGGAAGCACGACGCGGUGUUCCUUUUCAUCAGGCUCUGGCGUUCUUCAACUGGGCGAAGGCGCGCUAUUCCUUUCAAACUCCAGAACCCUACAGUGAAUUGGUAGACCUGGCCGGAAAGGCACGCGAAUUCAGUGUAGCCUGGCACAUGAUACGCUCUAUGAAAUCGAGUAAUAUCAGAGUUCCUAGAGAAACUUUCUUGAAUUUAAUACGGCGCUAUGUUCGAGCAGGGCUGACCUCAGAGGCUGAACAUACUUUUGACAUGAUGGAGGUAUACGAUUGUAAGCCUGACAGGAAUUUUUUCACAGCUGUGAUCUGCAUACUCUCCAAGAAAAGAAGGGCUACAGAAGCUCAGAAAUUCUUCAACAGGUUGAAAGACAAGUAUGAAGCCGAUGUAGUGGUGUAUAGCAGUUUGGUUCACGGUUGGUGUCGGGCAGGUAACAUUUCUGAGGCACAGAGGGUUUUCAAUGAAAUGAAAGUUGCAGGAGUUGAGCCGAACGUCUAUACUUACACCAUUGUGAUUGAUGCGUUGUGUAGGGGCGGGCAAAUAACACGUGCUCAGGACGUCUUCUCGGAGAUGAUCGAAAAGGGAUGCCCCCCUAAUACAGUCACUUUCAAUAACCUCAUGCGGGUUCAUGUGAAGGCGGGGAGAACCGAGAAGGUGCUCCAAGUGUAUAAUCAGAUGAAGAGGCUCUCCUGCCUUCCCGACAUCAUUACAUUCAAUUUUCUGAUCGAAAGCCAUUGCAAAGACGGGAACCGAGAUGAUGCGAUCAUGGCACUUAAUGUGAUGGUUAAAAGAGGGUGUGGGCCCAACGCAUUCAGUUUUAACCCGAUUUUCAGGUGCAUCGCAAAAUCGCAGGACGUGAAUGCCGCACAUCGGCUGUCUGCCCAGAUGAAAGACUUGGGGUGCAAGCCCAACACAGAGACAUACAACAUUUUGAUGAAGAUGUUUGUUGAGAUGAGGUCGACAGAUAUGGUGAUUAAGCUUAAGAAAGAGAUGGAGGAGAAACAAGUUGAGCCUAGUGUGAAUACCUUCAGGGUUCUGAUUCGCAUGUUUUGUGGUAUGGGGCAUUGGAAUCAUGCCUACCAAUGCUUCACUGAGAUGGUUGAGAAAAGGUGUAUCCGGCCCGGUAAAGCAGAUUACGAAUUGGUGGUGCAACUGCUGAAGAAGGCAGGGCAGAUGAAGAAGCAUGAGGAGUUGGUUUCUAAGAUGGUCCAAAGGGGCUAUCUUGCAGCUCCCCCAUUCCUAUUGUAAAUUGUAAAAAUAAAAAGUUGGUUGGAUACGGCCGGUCACCAUUACUAUGCAGUUCUUACUACUUCUUACAGUGUUUUGUUAAAUGUUUAGUUGCCCGUCUCAUUAAAUGUUUUAUAAGGAACAUUGAAUUUAAAAGUAAUUUUCUCUUGUAUUUUGUGAUAUCCAUAGGAUGAAAUAUAUAUAUAUAAGUUACGUAAUGUGAAAUUAUGAAAUGUGAU